AACUUGCCGCUCUCAAUUUUCGAUUCGAGUGGUGAAAUUCUAGAGUAAUUUUCAUAGUUUUUGACAAUUCACACGACUAUUUGUGAUAGCAGCUUUUCUGUAUUUAACGUUCUCUGUUUGACAGCAAUGAAAUCAAGGAGCCUAACAAACGGGAAAACAUAGAAAUGAACUUGACAAAGCCGAUUGGCAACGUGACCAAGCUGAGUUAUUAUUUAUUUACUCAUUCGCAUCAGAAGAUUAUCGGUAAUUGGCUUGGUGCCAGCUAUAUUCACAGAACGGCUUAUAGUUAUAAAAUGUCCAAGUUCAUAGAAAUACCUGUACAGGCUGAAAAGCUGCUGAAGCUAACGCGUUCCACAGUAGUGCCAACAUUGAAUGCCACAGAUGGCGUCAAUCAACGUCACAAAGGUCAAGCUGGACGUAUUGGUGUCAUCGGGGGUUCGCUGGAGUAUACGGGUGCACCAUAUUUCUCAGCCAUAAGCGCUAUGCGUGUAGGUGCCGACCUGGCUCAUGUAUUUUGCCAGCGAGAUGCAGCGGUUGUCAUUAAAUCUUACAGUCCAGAAUUAAUCGUACACCCUUUGCUAGAUGCAGAUGAUGCAGUGGAGCAAAUAACGCCGUGGAUGGAGCGCCUCCAUGUAUUGGUGAUUGGACCUGGACUAGGACGUGACCCAAAGAUACAAAAGACUGCUAUACGCCUUAUCAAACUAUGUAAAGAGCUUAACAAACCACUAGUCAUCGAUGCGGAUGGUUUAUUUAUACUCAAUGAAAAUAUCGAUUUAGUAAACGGAUUAUGUAACGUCAUCUUGACGCCAAACAAAGUCGAAUUUCGUCGUCUCUUCACUGAAGAUGUGGAGGUCAUGAAACAGCGUAUGGCACAACUGGGAGAUGGUGUGAUUGUACUUGAAAAGGGACCGCACGAUAAGAUCUAUAUACCAAGCACAUCUGAAAUCUAUACUUUACCGGCUGGAGGUUCUGGACGUCGUUGUGGUGGUCAAGGGGAUUUACUAUGCGGCUCUAUUGCUACAUUUUUCCAUUGGGCUUUAGAAUCUAAUCAAGCAAAUGCGGCAUUUGUAGCUACGUUCGCCGCGUGUUAUUUGGUCAAGAAAUGCAAUGCUGCCGGUUAUCAAAAAUUGGGUCGCAGUAUGUUGGCUAGCGAUAUGCUUAAUGAGAUUCCAUCGGUAUUUCGGAAUAUCUUCGAAGAUCCGUAAUGAGUAUGAGAUUAGGUCUAUGAACACCCGUAGAUGUUUAUGAAAAGCGUUGAGCAAACACCUGUUGAUUGCAUUUUAUUGUUAUUUGUUUCCACUUCUUAUAUUAGUCCAAGUUUUAGAUAAGGAAUUAAUAACGUAAAUAAAGAGUCACUCUCACACAUGCGCGGUAUUGGAAGUGUGGUACAAGGCGGUUCAUAACUAUACUAUGUGCCGCCUUGUACCGCACUUCCAAUACCGCGUCUGUUUGAGUGUCACUUAAAUAUUUAUAUCUUGAUUGGAUAUUUCCUAUGAAAGUAGUUGGCAAAUUAAAAGAAGACAAUACUCGGAGGUAAUAAAAUGUAUCAUCCUAAAAACAUUA